GAAAAUGUGGUUUAAAUUUUCGCUAGUAGCUUUAAUCGCUUUGGUUGGCAGUGUUAGUUGCUUUCCCGAAAGUCGUGUUGUAAAUGGCACCGCCACCGAUGUUACAAAGUAUCCAUUUAUAGUGUCAUUGCGUGGUAGUACAGGCUCUCAUUCCUGUGGCGCCAGUAUAAUCGCUCCACGUUGGAUUUUGACAGCUGCUCAUUGUGUCAGUGGUCGCUCGGCAAAUCAAAUUAAUGUACAGUAUGGUACUACUAGAAUAAAUGCCUUGGGCCCAAAUGUUGUUGGCGUUAAACGUAUUGUGAUGCACGAAGGUUAUGCUCCUGCUAAAUCAUAUGCCAAUGAUAUUGCCCUGUUGGAAUUGGAACGUUCACUGGUUUACAAUUACAAGACAAUUGCUCCAGUUACAUUGCCCGAUUCAUUCUUUGAAGUUUCCCAAACUAAACAGGGUGCUCCUGGCAUUUUAGCUGGUUGGGGUUAUGAUGCUACUGGUGGCUAUAUCCAAAGCGUUUUGCAGGAGGUGGAUUUGAAAAUUUAUUCCGAUAAAGACUGCAAUGCUAAACAUAAUGGUACUACAACUUAUCAUCAUAUUUGUGCUGGUGUUGAUGAGGGUGGUAAGGGUCAAUGCUCCGGUGACUCCGCUGGUCCUUUGUUCCACAAGGGUUCCGUGCAAUUGGGUAUUGUUUCAUGGAGUAUUAAGCCUUGUACCGCAGCUCCUUAUCCCGGUGUUUACACCAAGGUUUCUCAUUAUAUCGACUGGAUUUACAACCACAUUAACUGAUUAUUAUUUAAGUAUGUACAUAAAAAAUAUGAAUUUCAAUAAAAUUAACUACUAUUAUUGAAGUAUUUG